GGAGAGGUAUGGAGAACAGCUCUCGCUCUUCAAUGAAAACGUUUAAGUAAAAAGAAUUGAUCUCUCGCCUGAAUAAUGCACAAUAAAGAUCGAUAGCAAUAUCAUCCAGCGUGAAGUUGCCAAUGAAUAUUAAAUAAUCGCUGAAAUAUAGAAUCUAACCUCGCAAAACAGUUUAACCAUUAAAGCCCUCGGAUCUUUAUUUGGCAUUCAAAGCGAAAGAACAAAGAGCAUCUGUCUCGAGCUUUAAAGCAAUGAAUAUCGAAAAGUAGUGACUAAUUGGAAAAGUGACGACGAUAAUGUCAACAGUGCAAUCGGAAUCCUUCAAGUCCAAUAUAGACGUGCACUAUCGCGAGCAGUCAUUCAAGAAGUACGAGAACAUCUUGGAAGAGCUUAAAAACACUUUCGAUGAGCGUUUUAAGACAAACGUCAUGGCAAAUCAGACCGGCAAGUUAGAUGAUUUUGAAUAUUACCGAACGCUAGGUACCGGAGCUUUCGGUCGCGUUAUGCUGAUCAAGCACAAAUUUGACAACACCUAUCACGCAAUGAAGAUCAUGAGCAAAGCCAAAAUCGUCAAUAUGAAACAGAUCGAACAUACGGAAAAUGAGAAGCACAUCCUGCAGAGCCUACACUUCCCUUUUGUCGUCUACCUACAAUAUUGCUUCAAGGAUAAUGCAUAUAUCUACAUAGUCUUGCCCUUUAUCAAUGGAGGAGAAAUGUUUAGUCACUUGCGCAAGAUGGGAAAAUUUAGCGAAUCGCUCUCGCGAUUUUACGCCGCCCAAGUCGCACUUGUCCUGGAGUACCUGCACAAAUGCAAUUUGAUCUACCGCGACCUCAAGCCAGAGAACAUCCUCAUUGAUAAUUUGGGAUAUAUACGUGUGGUGGACUUUGGCUUCUGUAAACAAAUUAAUAACAGGACGUGGACACUGUGCGGUACUCCGGAGUACUUGGCACCAGAGAUUAUUUUGUCAAAGGGCUACGGCAAAUCUAUCGAUUGGUGGAGCUUCGGCAUUCUGCUUUACGAGAUGAACGCAGGUUAUUCGCCCUUCUUCUCUCAACAUACAGUGAAUAUUUACGAAAAGAUCACACUGGGAAAGUACCAUUUCCCGCAAUUCUUCCAGCACGAUCUGAAAGAUCUUAUUAAAAAUCUUCUGCAGCUGGAUCUCACGAGGAGGUUCGGCAAUCUUAAAAAUGGAUCGCUGGACAUCAAGAGGCAUAAGUGGUUUGAAAAAAUAGACUGGAUAAAAAUAUAUAACAAAUCUGUCGUGCCAAGCUUCGUACCAAAUUGUACUAAUCAGUCGGACGACAGUAAUUUCGACAAAUACAAUGAAGAACAAUUGGUAAUUCCCGAAGAAAAUAUGUACGAGAGGGAAUUUGAAAAUUUUUAAAGCAACCGUAUAUAAUAAUAUAACAAAAGUAUUUAAGCGAAUAGUGUAUUUAACUU